CUUUUUGCCACAGAAGAACUUCUACGUAUCCAGGAAUUUCAGAGGAACCCAAGAGUUUAUAGCCAUGGCCAGUAAACCCAGACUCCAUUACUUCAAAGGAAGAGGCCGCAUGGAGAGCAUUCGGUGGUUAUUGGCAGCAGCUGGGGUUGAGUAUGAAGAAGAAUUCAUUAAAGUAAAGGAAGACCUAGAAAAGUUAAAGAAAGAUGGAUCCCUGCUGUUUCAGCAAGUGCCCAUGGUGGAAAUCGAUGGCAUGAAAAUGGUGCAGUCCCGAGCGAUCCUCAACUACAUUGCAGCAAAACACAAACUCUGUGGGAAAGACCUCAAGGAGAAUGCAUUAAUGGAUAUGUACAUUGAAAGUAUUAUGGAUCUGGGUGAAAUGAUCAUGCACCUACCUUUCAAGCCAGCAGAUGCAAAAGAAAAAGAGCUUGCACUGAUCAUCGAAAGGGCCACCACCAGAUACUUUCCAGUCUUUGAAAAGGCCCUCAAAGAUCAUGGUCAGGAUUAUCUUGUCGGAAACAGGUUCAGCAGAGCAGAUGUUCAAUUGCUUGAAGUUAUUUUAAUGGCAGAAGAGCUCAAGCCUGAUGUUCUGUCAAAGUUCCCUCUUUUAAAGACUUAUAAAGAAAGAAUAAGCAACAUCCCUACAAUCAAGAAAUUCCUGCAGCCUGGUAGUGCGAGAAAACCACCAAUAACUGAAAAAGAGCUUGCAGAAGCCAUGAAGAUAUUCCACUGAAUCAGGAUCAUGGCUAAUGUAACUGCAAGCAACAUGCUACAGUUGGGCCACUCUUCAAAUAAUUUCAAGAGGCCAACAAUGUACGGGUGCCGCUUCCAGAGGAAUGACAAUGUGAAGUUUAACGUUCAACAAAACAGGACAAUUUUUGCAGUAGAAAUGGUGUCAAUCACAUGCCAUUACACUCAAACACAAUGAAACAUUCUGUUGUGUUGGUACUUAGCUAUGUGAUUUGCUUGAAUUGUGGGUAACAUGUUUGAGCUGGCAUAACCACAUUGACAGACACUUCUUCCCAGUGGUAACUUGCAUGAAUUUGAUGGGCAAAAAACAGAUACCUAUUAGCAUGGUCAGAGUAAGUCAUUGGCAGACCAAAUCAAAGUCUUCCAGUGGACAGCUGACAGGCUCGGCAGAGGGCACAGAUUUGGCUUUGCAGAGAGACCUAAGGGGCGGGCUGCUAUCUGGAACCAGUUCUUAUAAUCAGAAUGCCUGGGUAUAACAUACAGAUACCAGACUGAAAGAGAAGAAAGCAUCGUGGAGCACCUUAAAUACACACACAUAUGUAAAAACACACACACAUAUACACAAAUGUAGAGGGAAAAAUUUGAAACACGGUGCCAAAAGUCCAUGGAAUACAAGAGCAGUCUUCUUGUUCUUGUACUUUGCAUAUUUUAUAGGCUUUUAGCCCCACUUAUGUGCUCUGUACCCAUGUGUAGGUGUGUACAUAUAAAUCUGUAAACUCAACAUAAAAACCCAUGCAUCUGCGAAAUGGAGCUUUAAUCUAUACAAGCUCAGGCUGGUACAAACUAGUUUAUCUUUAAGGGCGUCCCAAGACUCCCUUUUUGUUUUGGCAGCCACAGAUUUGAUUACUCCCUUGGAACGUGAGCUGGCUCUAAUUUUUUAACCAUCUCAACAUUACCAUAGCAGAGAAUUCCCUCCCGCUCCCCCCUCAUGGCUCGGUGAAGAGACUACUGAGCUUCUUUGUAGGCAAAGCAGGGAAUGCUGACUUGAUUCAUUAAGAAGCAGGAAUUAUACUUUCUGCUAGUAGGAUAGAUCCAUAGAAUCCCCAAAGAAAGG